AAAAUUCAACACCUGGCUCGGAAAUUGAGGUAUAUGGCUGGGUGCGAUCUGUGCGCGUUCAAAAGAACGUGUCUUUUGCAGUAAUUAAUGAUGGCUCGAGUCUAAAAGGCAUGCAGGCUAUUCUUUCAAGCGAAGAAGCAAAGAAAUUGAUGACUGGUGCAUGUGUUAGAAUUCGUGGAAUUUUGACCCAAAGUCUUGGCACAGAGCAAAGUAAAGAAUUGCAAGCCCACCAGGUCGAGAUUUUGGGUGAGAGUGAUUCAACGUAUCCUUUGCAAAAAAAAUAUCAUUCUAUGGAAUUUCUCCGAGAUAAUUUAUCUCUCAGAUCACGAACCAAUCUUUUUGGAGCAAUCUUUAGAGUUCGAAAUGCAGCUAUCAUAGGUUUUCAGAAUUUUUUUCAGACAAAUGAAUUCUUUCAAAUUCAUACACCUAUUAUAACAAAUUCAGAUUGUGAAGAAAAUGAAUUUUUUGGUUCACCUGCAUAUUUAACUGUUUCUGGACAGCUACAUGCCGAAAUUUUAGCCUGUGCGAUGUCAAGAGUUUACACAUUCGGACCAGUAUUUCGUGCUGAAGAAUCUCUUACAUCAAGACAUUUGGCUGAAUUUUGGAUGUUAGAAGCAGAGAUUGCAUUUAUGUUUAAAUUAGAAGAAUUAUUAGACUUUGUGGA